ACCAGUUCAGUCCACCGUUCCGCCGGCCCGCCCGUACCCGCCUGCGCCUACACAUCGCUGCUCCAGGUCCCCAUGGCGAAGACUACGCAACCCACCGCGGGGAUGCGGGAUCCCCUGCUCCCCACCUCCACCGCCGCCUCACCGCCGCCCUACCUCGACCCGCAUCCCGCCGACUCCUACACCUACACGGUCUUCCUUGUCCCCGUUCGCCUCCGCCGCGGCCUCUGUCGCGGCGGCCGUUGCAUCGUCCCCUGCCUCACCGUUCUCUUCCUCCUCGCGCUCGCGGGCUUCCUCCUCUGGCCCGCGGACCCGGACAUCUCCCUGGCCCGCCUCCACCUAGCGCACGUCUCCGUCGUGGCACGCCCUGCCGUCGCCGUCACUAUAUCCGCCACGCUCAAGGUUCGCGUUCGCAAUCCUGACCUCUUCGCGCUCGACUACACCCGCCUCGACGUCGCUAUCGGCUACCGCGGUGCGGGGCUUGGCCGGGUAACAUCCGGCGGCGGACGGGUCCGGGCGCGCGCUGUCUCGUACGUCGACGCCAACCUGCAGCUCGACGGCAUACGCGUCGUCGAGGACGCGAUGUACCUGCUCGAGGACCUCGCGCAAGGAUCCGUGCCCUUCGACACCAUCGCCGAGGUCGAGGGCCACCUCCACUUCCUUUUCCUCAGCAUCCCGGUCAAGGUGAAUGGUUCGUUUCUUGUUUUUUAUAUUGUUAUAUAUGCAGAUCUCAUGAAUUGAAUUAUAAACUGUAUCAGUUUUCGGACUUAGACGCGUCUUGUCUUUUUCCAUGGUAUUGCGAAAGCCCAUAUGACUACGUCUCUACGACGUUAAAUUUGGUAGGGUAUUGACGUGAGGUGAAGCAUUUUUGGAAUUUUCACUGCCGACAAGAGUUUACUAUUACCCGCAUAAUUUAUCUGAUAUGAUUGUUAAGGUGUAAGGUCCAUACAAUGGCUAGUGCAUUAUAAAGAAAAACAACACAGAACAAUGCAGAAAAAAAGAGAGGAGAGAAGACCUACUCAAUCUUCUUGCAUUGAUCUAGAUAUCUUUCAUCUGUCAGACAUGGUAUGGCCAUCAUAUUCAGAACAUUCAUGGUGUAAUGUUAGCAGGAUACAUGCUCGAAUUCUCUCAUUCAUGAUUCACUAAAUGAUAUAUUUGUUUUUUUAUAUCUGCAAAAGGACAUAAUGAGACAUGUCUUAAAUACUUAGCAUUUAGCUUCCAUUUUGAUUCAUUGUUACUUCUACCAUGAUCAGUGACAAGUUACCUCCUGUAUGCAGAUAUCAUUUUUCUAUAAAACUUUGAUUCAAGAUGUAACAGUGAUUUAGUAUGUUGCCUCUCUAAGAAUGCAUUGUAUCAAACAUAUCCUUUGUUUGACUUCUUUUUACGAAUUUGAAACAAAUUGUUAUCCUUU